UCCAUCAGAAAUUGAUUUGAUGCAAGUGUGCCUGUGGAUUUCGAGUAUAUUUUUGUUUUUUCAUUCCAGAUUCCGGAAACCUCUCUCUCCUCUAUCUCAGUGUUGUGUUGAAAUUGAUCCUUCAUUCAUUCAAGGUAACAACAGAUCUAGGGUUUUCAUAUCCCCAGAAUUAAAUUAGAAUAGAUCUUUACUAGUAAAAAAAACUUUCAUUUUUUGUCUAUUUGAUUUUUGUAUUUGUCCCAUCAUCCCCAAGUCGUCGAUUUGCAUUUUGCCAUUGCUGAGGAAGUUGGGGUGAUCAGUUGAGGUGAUUAGUUUCAGAAUUCUGCUUCUUGGAAUGAAUGGGAAUGGGAUACAUCAUUCAUUCAUUCAUUCAUUCUUAGCUGAGAUCCUCAACUACUUGGAUUGCGCCGUACCCAGCCCUCCCGGCCGCCCGUAGGUUUGUUUAUUUUAUGUGAUUGAUCCAUCCAAAUCGAGAAGGAAGUGAAUAGAAUAGAGAAGAUGAAUGAAAGCCAGAGGUUCCGGCUGGGGACCGUAGGUGCUUUGAGUUUGUCAGUCGUCUCCUCCGUCUCCAUCGUUAUAUGCAACAAGGCGCUUAUUAGCACUCUUGCUUUCACUUUCGCCACCACUUUGACAAGCUGGCAUCUUCUUGUCACAUUUUGUUCACUUCAUGUGGCAUUAUGGAUGAAAUUGUUUGAACACAAGCCUUUUGAUGCAAGAGCUGUCAUGGGAUUUGGCAUUUUGAAUGGGAUAUCCAUUGGCCUCUUGAAUCUUAGCCUGGGUUUUAAUUCUGUUGGUUUCUACCAGAUGACAAAACUGGCAAUCAUUCCCUGCACUGUUCUUUUGGAGACCCUUUUCUUCAGGAAAAAAUUCAGUAGGAAUAUCCAGAUUUCAUUAGCUAUCCUUCUUAUGGGUGUUGGAAUUGCAACUGUGACUGAUCUUCAGCUCAAUGUUUUGGGUUCCGUCUUAUCUUUGCUGGCAGUUGUGACAACAUGCGUAGCUCAAAUUAUGACCAAUACCAUCCAGAAGAAGUUCAAAGUCUCUUCUACCCAGCUUCUUUACCAGUCUUGCCCUUAUCAAGCAAUAACCUUGUUCAUCAUUGGGCCAUUUCUUGAUGGGCUUUUAACUAACAAAAAUGUUUUUGCUUUCAAGUACACUCCCCAAGUGCUGUUUUUCAUUGUUCUAUCCUGCCUGAUAUCUGUCUCCGUCAACUUCAGUACAUUUUUGGUAAUUGGAAAGACAUCUCCAGUCACCUAUCAGGUCCUAGGACAUCUGAAAACAUGCCUUGUUUUGGCCUUUGGCUAUGUUCUACUCCGUGAUCCAUUUAGUUGGCGCAACAUUUUAGGAAUUUUGAUUGCUGUAAUUGGAAUGGUCCUUUAUUCGUAUUCUUGCAGCAUUGAGAGCCAGCAACAGAAGGCUAGUGAUGUCUCAGCACAAUUGUCCCAGGUGAAGGAAAGUGAAUCUGAUCCUUUGAUUAGUGUGGAAAACAGUCCUGGGAUUUUGAGUGAUGGUGUUGUUCAAAAAGCUCCUUUAUGGAAUUCAAAUAAGGACCUUGAGGCAUAAAACAACCUCAAUUGCUAUUUAUUCAUUUGCUGUGAAUGGAAAUUAAAAAUCGAAACUGUUCCAGUGAUGAAGAUGUUGCUGGUAAGGGAUGGCAUGUAUUGAUUGCAUACUGACAGUCAGGGAAUUCUGAGAUUAAAAAACUAGUUUCAAGAGUUGAAAGAAAUGGCUGAUUUUAUACCAGCUUCGGAUGGUAAGUUUGAUAUUGGCAAUGGGAUGGCUUGUAGUAUGCCAUAAUAUAAUUUAAAUUGUGAAAACUGAUGCUGACUUUUCUUUGCUGUUAUUUCCUUUUAGAGACAUUUUAUAUUUUAGGAGAAGACAUUGAUAAUAGUGAGAAUUUAUGUUUGU